AUGGGAAAGUCGAAGAAACAGAAAGCGAACAAAGGAAGAAAGAGCGAGACCUUGAAACCUGAACCACCGGCUCGUCGCGUGCGUCAGAAAACACCUGACCCUUCAUAUCGAUCGAAGAGUCCAGAUCCGAAAAAGUUGAAGAGGGCUGAGAAAGUUGCAGGGUCAGGGUCUUCUCAAGCUACUCCUCCCCCAGUGUUGAAGUCUGUGGCCACACCACAGAAAAAUAUCUCAAGGAAGUUGAGUUUCCAGAGUGAAGAUACUAUCACAGACAUCGUUGCAGAAAACCCGGCGCCUGCAAAGUCUAAGAGGAAUCAGCUUAAGAAGGAUUCUUCUCACUCUGACUCCGACUCAGACUCGGGGACGGAGUCUUCCGCUAGCUCUUCAAGUUCUAAAGCUGAAGAGGAGGGCGACGAGGAGGCUGGGAAAGUGGACGCUGGGAAAGUGGACAGGGAAAACAUGUACCCUAAAUCUGACAUUCGAAGAUGGAUGAGACCUGGUUCAAUUUGGGUGUACCUGGAUUCAAUGGAGGCUGAACAAGAGAAGAGCCAAGAAGAGAGUGAAGAUAAAGAAGAGAGCGAUGGUGAGGAGGACGGUGCAGCAGAAGAUGAAGACGAGGAUGGAGAAGAGGAUUCAGAAGAGGAUGGAGAAGAGGAUGGAGACGAAGACCCGGAAGAAAGUCAAGAUGAUGACGAGGAAGACGAAGAUGAGGACCCUGCAGAUGAGGAAGGUGAGGACAGCGACGAACCAGAUGAGACAACCGAGGUUAAGGACAAGAAGGGCAAAGACAAGCAGGCUGACAACAAGAAGGCCAAGGAGAAGGCCCAGAAGAAGAAAGCGGAAAGCGAGAAAGAUGAGAAGAAGCAGAGCAAGAGUAAUGGCAAGAAGGAUAAGAAGGCAGACGAGAACGAGGACAGCAAGAGCAAGAAGGAAGAGAAUGCCAAGAACAGUAAGAAGGGUUCGAAGGAGAAGAAAGACGGCAAGGAGAGGAAAGAAGGGAGGGAUGAUGACAAGAAGGACAAGGGCAAGCUGUCCAGAAAAGAAAAUAAGAAGGAUGAUGAAGAGAAAUUGGAUGAUGACAAGAAGGACAAGGACAAGCUGUCCGGAAAAGAGAAGAAGAAGAAGGAUGCGGAAGAGAAAGAAGUGAUGGAUGAUGACAAGAAGGACAAGGGCAAGCUGUCCGGAAAAGAGAAGAAGAAGAAGGAUGCGGAAGAGAAAGAAGUGAUGGAUGGUGACAAGAAGGACAAGGGCAAGCCGCCCGGGAAAGAGAAGAAGAAGAAGGAUGAGGAUGAGAAAGAAGUGAGGGACGAUGACAAGAAGGGCAAGGACAAGCUGUCUGGAAAAAAGAAGAAGAAGGACGAGGAAGAGAAGGAAAGUGUGAAAGAUGGAAAGGACAAGAAGAAGAAGCGCGACGGUGAGAGCGAGGAGCCACCUCAAAAAAAGAAGAAGACGACCAAAGCGCUGGAAGAGGCUGAGGCGGAGAUGGAUGGUAAAGGAGGAGAAGAGUCAGAAAGUCCAGAGGUUAUCAACUCCUCUACACACCGCGCCCUUUGGAUGCGGUUCGACCGGUGGGUGAAGAACAAGAAAAGGCAUGUCCCAGAUCCGGAGCUUCCGGACGACGCGGAGGAAAGGCUCUACUGGACUUUGGUCAGCCUGGAUUGCGAGAACAUCCAUGAAAUCUCCCGGCUUACCAAACUAGAGAUGGAAGGGUGUAUCGAUGAAGCGGGACUGAAUGAGUUUGUGAAGGGUGGUGGCGUGUUUGAUCCUGAGUCGGGUCUGAAGAUUGCCGACUUUGCCGGCUCGAUUGGUGCCAACAAGCUUUUGAACACCAUGAGCAUGCAACCCCCAAAGAAGAAUAAAAGAACGAAAGGUGGGUUCCCUUCCCUCUCGACCAGCUAG